UCGCAGAGAUGAUACUUAAGCGGCUGCACACAAAACCUAAUCGGUGAAAUUAUCUUCCGCGCGAGCGUCGAACAUAUCGCGGAAGUGCAGUUGAUGGAGUCAGGUUCAUCAAUGGAUAUUUCUCCGGAGGUUUCCAGCGCUCAUCGAGAAAUCAGUGGCGAGCUUGCUUUGACGAAGGAAAUAACGCCUUCCGAGGAGGAGAGGAACCAAUCACCCGUGGCGAUCCAAAGAUAAACAAGCCUUAUGAUUAGACAAAACUCUCAGGAAUACCCAGGCUGCGUGCAGCCCCAGUGAACUAUCAUGCUAGCCUGUAUCCAGAGACGGCAGAACUUCUCAUCCCAGAGAUUGGCCUGCACACCCAAAAGCCUUGAUGUUCAGCCACCACCACUACUGCUGCCAGUACCACAACUGCAGCCAUGCACCCACAAAGGCGAACCACCCUCCAUGGUUUCUCGGUAUCCGUCUCCUGCAGAGUUGGAUGCUUUUGCCCAGAAAACUGCCAAUAGCCCACUGUCCAUCAAAAUCUUUCCGUCUGAUGUGCGUGUGCCACAGCAUAAACAGCUUAACAAGACUGUCAAUGGCUUAGACACCACAGGCCAACACUAUAGCCCAUACUCACAUCCACACUCUGGAGGUUACCAAGGUUUACUAGCCAUUGUCAAAGCCUCUGUGGUGAUCAAAGGUAUUGUGAAAACCUCUGAGGGCAAGAGGACUAAACAUGCAAACUCUCAGACUUCUGUGGCACCGUAUAAUAAUCCUGUGAAUAACGGCUACACGGUCAGACAUGGGCAUAAGGCCUAUCACAUAAGCUCAUGUAAACCCCCUGAUGUACCCAUUGAAACUCUUUGUUCUACUGCAGGAAUGGCCUCUGGAGAUCAGAGCCUGGCCCCCCAGUCUGAGCUGGCAGAGGUUCAAAGCCUGAUGAGGCAGAUGAGCAGGGUUCCUCACAGACAGGCCCUACAGCUGGGGGGAGAGGCUCGAGCCAGCCCCUCGCUGCAGGCUGUGGCUGCGGUGGCGCAUUCUGAUUCAGAUUUUGUUCUGGGAGUGCCGCCCCAGAGCAGUCUGGCCUUUGCGGGGGCAGUGCUACCUACACAGAGUGCAGACACAGCCAAAGCUGGAUACUUAGAGAGAGGAGACUACACAGUGUGGCAGCACAAAGCUCAAAUGCAGCAGCAGUCCUAUCAGCAGGGAGCAGUGAGGAUGUACAGUAUAAGUAACAGUGCUCAGGGGCACAGAGGAGCAGAAGCUGGGGUUGGCCAGUCUCCUGAAACCUGCCUCCCUUUACCAUGCCCCUCACAGCUGUCAUAUAGACACCACCCUGGAAAUGUGGAGCGAGUCAACAGCUCCUCUCUGAGUCACGCCACCAUGCAGGGGGAGCGUACGGUUGGACAGUACUUCGCUCCUCUCUGGGACAACCCUAACAGCGACUGUUAUACCUCUCAGGUGUUGGCACCGGGUACAUGUACAGCCAGGCCUAGAGAUCACCCCCAUCUCCACCCAAACUGCCACCAACACCACCAGCCACAGCUCCAUCUUCCUCUUCCUCCUCCUCCCCCUCUUCCUCCUCAUACCCAGGCUUACAGCACAGACCAAAAUCUCUCCUGUGGGCUCCCUAGUUUCAGCCUGUGCCACGCUGCAGUACUCAGCAGCAGCCUGCAGUCUCUGGAGUGCCUCAUCAGUGAGAUCCACCCUCCUUGCAUCAAAGAGCGCAUGCUGGGCCGUGGAUAUGAAGCCAUGGGAAUGCCUCAGCAGCUGGAGCACCAGCAGCAAGCCCACAUCCAGCUCCCCGUCUACAGAUAAGACGAGGUGCAACCUCGCAGUGGGACACAGAGAAGACAAACUUUUUCUAGACAAUGGAAGUACCAGUUUAGACAUCUAUGAGAAAGAUAUGCCUUUUUAGUUUGUGCAUGUAUUCGUAGGCUUUGUGUUUGUAUGCCUGAAAAAGGUAAACGAUAAUCAUGACUUGAGAUACAGGUUUAUGCUACAGACUCUUCACCUUUUAUUUUUGUAUCUUUAAUGGCCGCUGAACAUGACCGCUGUUGAUUUAACACUGAAGCUGAGCACCUGAUCGCACUUGUAUUUUAAUAUUUACUGUAUAUUUUAUAAGUGAUUUUUGUAGGCCUUUACAAAAAAUGGAAACACACAGAACCGAGCUGGUUAGGGGGUACCUGUCAAAAAAUACACGUCCUUAGAUCUGAAAAAGAGCUCUGGUAAUAGUUUUUGUGCAUCUGUUGUAUAUUUUUUAACAUAAAUAUUUGAGUGUGAACGUUGCUUUAUUCUCUGAACUUUUGGUUGUUUCUCCCAGUUAACUGGCACCCUUCAGCUUUUUCAUCAUGAUGCAACUUUUAUGUCCACUGUAAGGGGGGGAUAUUGCAUAUAAAUGUGAAUAUCUUUUUUCUGUAAUGUGUUUUAACAUCUUAACUGAUGUUGUGUCAUAACGCUCAGCUCAGAUUGUUUGGACUCUUGCAUUUCCAAAUCAACACUGUUUCAUUCAGGCCAAGCAAGAUGUGCCCCCUGGUUGUAUUUUUUAACAUUUUGAAAUCUCAUUUCUCUUGAAUGAAAUAUAGAUAUUCUCUAGAAGGUGACUGCUUCAUGAGAUUUGUGUAAUAGAGUGCCAUGUUGGAGAGCAGGAAGUCUGAAUCUAUUAGUGUCUUCUAUGUAGGGCUAUAUUAUCUCUGAUGGUUUGAGAUGUGUGACUGAGUAGUUCUUUGUGUGUCUGCAAUGGUUCUGUAAUACUAUUUAUUUAUGUCAGCCUGGUGAGUUAUAUGGCAAACUGUCUCUAUAAUUAUAAAGUGCAAUUAUUAUAUAUGAACAUGUGAGCUCUCUCCAUGAAUUAUGUGACUGAAAUAACUACUUUUUGCAAUGUAUGACCUUAGUCCUCCCAAUUUUUGAGUCUCUUCUUAAGGAUUGUCAAGUAAAUUAAAUUUUCUAAACCCAGCAAAUGCUGUGUUAUUAUGCAUUCAGAUUUAUUAUGUGGCAGACAUGCUGCCUUAUUAUAUUCAUGAAUGAUAAAGUAGUUGUGAAAAGCUGAGAAUUUUUUUUAUUGCAGAGGGAUUUAAAGCUUAACCACCAGGCAAGUCCCUUUUUCCCCCCCAUCAUUUUGGUAACAUUCAUCUUUUCACCAAAGAUUUCAGCUCUGUAAUAUGAUGUAAGGCAAUCUUUGGCUGAAACACAUUGGACGUGUUCCUUUAUAAAUGAUGCAAGCUGAAAGUGCUAAUUUUCUUAUCACUGUGAAUUAUGUUAGAGCAGAUGGAUGGGCAGUGCUUGAGGCAGGAGCCAUUGAAUACUUCAAAGUACAUAUGUAAAUGAAAAUGUGCAGGCCCUCUCCUUAAGAUAUUACAUUUUUCUGUAGGAAUAUUGUUAUUUUAGAAAUAGGCUGACUGUUCCCCUGCCUCAGAAUCGCAAAUCUUCAUUGAUGUGUCUGGCUGCAAUCUUUAUGUUGCUUCAAUUGCCCCUAAAUUGGAUGCUAUAGCAGCAGUGUAGCUCAGAUCACUGUGAACAUAAAAAGCACAGCUAGUUUAAGUAGCCUAUUAUAAAACAAAUUACAUAGAUGAUGUGAAUAAUGGCAUUAGAAGCACAGUUGAUAGUAAAACUGCAUUACCAAUUGAUGACCUCAUUUCAGAUAACAAAUAUGUCAGAGCGAAAGGUCAGUGGCUUUGUCAUUGUGGCAUUGUUGCAAAAUGAGUUGCAGCUUUUAGUCCGUUGUGUUUUGCCUUCCUAUCAGGCAGGACUGCUGAUAAACCUCCAGGAUUACGGACGUGUUCUUCUAGCUCAGAGACGAUUAGCUCAGUCUCCUCUGGGAGAAGAACCAGAGCUACUCUAGCCUCUGGGACACACUUCAGAUAAGUAAGAGUGGGAAGAGGAAGAGGAUGGCUGAUGAGGAACAUUAGUAUACAUGUGGUAGAAAAAUUUCCCAUUUAAUGUCAAUAUCUGGGGGGGAAAAAGCAGCAAUUUGCCUCAAAAUAUUUCUGUAGAGUAACUAAGAUCCAUUUAAAAUUUAAGAGAUUUAAUAAUAAGCUGGAAUUACACUCAAAAUACUACCUCUUUAUUACAAUACUGAUAAAAAUUUAAAAAAUAAGUAAACACUGCCACCUAGUGGAUGUUUCUUGAA